CUUUAGGAUGGAGUACCUUAGGAAUGAGGCUCAAAAUUAAAAAAAAUUGUCUUCUGAAUAUCAUUCACCAACGAAUUCAUCAUCAUGUAUAUAUCAAAUGGUGCUUUUGUCAUUUAUAAGUCCCUCCUUUUGCCAACCAAUCUUUCUGAAAUUCAGAGAUGAGGUCAUACAGUACAGCAGUAUGGCUAACAAAGCCUUGAGGCACCAAUUUGACACAUCUGAGUCUCUUUUGAACAAAAACAUUUCAAGCUGUAUUAACUAUAAUAUAACUGCAACCUAUAUAAUUUGCAUUUUUACUGACAUGGUUGACAUGCUAUCAUUUGCAAGCAUAGGGGCCACUGGUCCUAUUCCCUGUUAUGUUAACUUGACAUUUUUUAUUCACUGCACGAAUAUUAUAUUUAGUUGAAGUCAUGUAUUCCUUUUUGGGUGCUUUCAAAUGAUGUAUUGCUUUUAAAUGAUGUAUUGCUUUAAAAUGUUGUAUUGUUAGUGUUGCCAAAUAAUUUCCCCAUUGUUUCUUCAAAUUCAACAAAUAGCAGGACUUUAGUCAGUGAAUUGUACAUACCUAUAGAUGGCAUUGUACAUACCUAUAGAGGGCACUAUACAUACCUAUAGAUGGCAUUGUACAUACCUAUAGGUGUCACUGUACAUACCCAUAGAUGGCACUGUACAUAUUUUAUAUCCA